AUGCAGAAAUUAAAAGAAUAAUGUUAAGAAGCCUUGAAAUUUUCUUCGGAUUUGUAAUAACAACUAGUUUAAGUGAAAAAGGAUCUCCAAGAGAAAACAUAACAAAUAACUAAAUUGUAAUCUGUGAUUUAGAUGAUUGAUUGUGAGGCAUCAGACAUCCAAGACUUAUUUUGGAAAGUUCAAAAAUAAACAUUGGUUAUCAAGUAAACUGUAAGAGAAGUCGAACUAAAAAGCGAUAAAUCAGAAUUGAUCGAAAAGUAAUUUGAAGAGCUACAAGAAAAAAUAAUUAAUCUUGAGGAAUUGGUUUUCACAUUUCUUUUCAAUAAUAAAAUGAAUAUUAAGAAGAACAAUAAGAGAUCUAGCGAUUAGAAUAAAGAAAACAUUGAAGACAACAUCAAUUAGAAAGAAGUUCAAAAUAAGAAGAAGAAAUAUAUUAGUACUAUUAAGAAAAAUUAGAAUGAAUCUGUUAAUAAUUUUAUCAACGAAGUAUCAGAUGAGGAUGAGAAGGAAGAUUAAAAGAAAUAUCGAAAGAGAUUGAGACGUAACACUGCUAUCGAUUAAUCAAACAACCUGAUAAAUGAUAUGUUUAAUUUUAAUUGA